AGCUAAACUUUCGAAUAACCCUCAAGACCCUGCACUUAGUACUAAUCUUAAGAAUAGUGAUGUUUCAAUUAAUAAUGACUUUGAAUAUAGUACUGAAAAUGACAGCUUUGAUGAUGACAUUGGAAAUAGUAGCAAUAAUUUUGAAAAUAGUAGCGAUGACUUUGGAAAUAGUAGCGAUGACUUGGGAGAUGUUUUAAUUAAUAACUUCGAACUUGAGGACAGUGAUGAUAGUAACAAUAAUCUUGAAGAUA